AUGCUGUACAAUCUGGAUUCGCAAAAUCCUGUACUGGUGAAAGGACCUGCAGGGACCUUGUUUGGCUAUUCGGUACUGUUACACAGUUACAGAGACGAAAAGUGGUGUGUUGUUGGUGCUCCAAAAGCGAAUACAUCCUUCGGUGAUACAGUAAGCCCUGGAAUUAUUUACAAAUGCCGAAUCGACCACAAUGCUAAUCAAACUUGCGAAGAACUACAUUUAGGUAUUCCUGAAGGAAAAUCAUGUGGACCUGAUUGUAAGGAAGAAACAGAUAAUCAGUGGCUUGGUGUUAGUUUGUCAAGACAGCCAAAGAAAGAAGGUUACAUACUGGCCUGUGCGCAUCGCUGGAAAAAUGUACACUACCAGGCAUCAGAUAAACGACCUCUUGGGUUAUGUUUUAAAAUUCCAACUGACUUGCAACCUUCUGAAGAUUUGCCACUGAUACCAUGUUUUCGAGAAAAUCGAUGGAAUGAUAAUGAAAAAGGAAGAUGUCAGGCAGGAAUUGCUAGCUUUCUGACUGAGGAGUUAAUCAUAAUGGGAGCUCCUGGAUCUCGUUUCUGGACUGGAACUGUUGCUGUCAAAAAUGAAAAGACAGAUUCUUUGCUCUUUUACGAAGAUGAUGAAAAUAUAGUUCAAUAUGGAAGCUACCUAGGUUAUGCUGUUAGUGCAGGACACUUUACUUCUCCAAACAGCACAGAGAUCGUAGGAGGGGCACCUCAGCAGGAAUUAACUGGUCAAGUCUACAUUUUUGAACAGCAUGAACACACUUUGAAAAUCAUUUUCACAGCAAAGGGUAAAAUGCUUGGUUCAUACUUUGGCUCAUCGGUUUGUGCAGUGGAUCUGAAUUCAGAUGGCCUCUCGGAUCUGUUAGUGGGAGCCUCUAUGUACAGCAUGAUCAGAGAGGAAGGAAGGGUGUAUGUUUACUUGAAUACAGGAUUGGGAGUGAUGAAGGAGCUGGCGAUGGAGUUAGUUGGAAGAAAUUCUUAUGCAGCAAGAUUUGGAGAGGCAAUCGUCGACCUUGGAGAUAUUAAUGAUGAUGGAUAUGCAGAUAUAGCAAUUGGAGCACCCCAGGAAGAGGAUCAGCAGGGAGCUAUUUAUAUUUACAAUGGAAAUGAGGAAGGGAUAUUGUCCAUCUUUUCUCAACGAAUCCACGGACUACAGAUUAAUAAUGCUUUGCGUGCAUUUGGCCAAUCCAUCUCUGGAGGUAUCGAUAUUGAUAAUAAUGGUUAUUUAGAUGUAGCUGUUGGAGCCUUUAUGUCUGAUACUGUUGUGUUGCUCAGGUGCAGGCCUGUUGUGGUUCUUGAUGCUUUCCUGCAGCUACCUCCUUCAAUCAAUCGUACAAAAAUGGAAUGCUUUGAGAAUGGGAAGCCUGUUGUAUGCAUCAAUGUUUCUGUGUGCUUUCGUAACAAAGGAAAGAAGAUUCCUGGUCACAUAGUGUUGCUCUACAACAUAAGUACUGAUGUCAAAAGGAGGAAUGGUUUUCCUCCGAGAUUUAACUUAAUAUCUGAUGGCAACUUGACUAGUAGUUCAGGACAAAUUGCACUCUAUCACGAUAUCAUUAAAUGUAACACUCAUCAAGCACUUAUGAGGAGGGAUGUCAGGGAUACUUUGACACCAGUUUACUUUGAAGUAUCAUAUUCCCUGGAAAAACAUAUUACUAAGAAUGAAUCGACAGAUGCUUUCCAACCACUCCAACCUGUUUUGCAGAAAAAAGGAAACCAAACAAAUGAAGUCAAAAAUAAGACCUAUUUUGAGCGAUAUUGUGCAUUUGAAAAUUGUUCUGCUAACCUCCAGGUUUCUGGAAAGCUGCUGCUAACAGGGUCCCAAGUAAACAAAUCCUAUCUGGCAGUUCAAGAGGCAAAGAAGGUUGUUUUGAAUGUAUUGUUAUUCAAUGCAGGGGAUGAUGCAUACUCAACAACUCUCACUGUUAAAUUUCCCAAAGACUUACAUUUCAUAAAAAUAGUUGAAGUGGUGGAGAAGCAUGUAAUGUGUAAUAUUGUCAGUGAUGAAAAUUCAACAAAUCUGGAAUGCAUCAUCGGACAUUUAUAUCUCGAUUUUUUAUCAAAGGUGGAAUUAAAUUUUUUUCUAGAUGCCAGUAGCUUCACCAGAGCAGAGGAAGACAUCGUCAUCACUGUUAAUGCAACUUGUGAAAAUGAAGAGAGUCUGGAGUUACUUGAAGAUAACUUUAUUACUCUGAACAUGCCCUUAAAAUAUGAGGUUAAUGUUGCUCUCCAUGGAUCCGUAUAUCCUCCCUCAUUUCUGUAUGAGGGGAUAACAGAUGAUGACACAAUGACAUUUACUUUCAAUGAUCCACCUUGCACAUAUCAGAAUGUCAGUUAUUCAUUCCAGGUUACUAACAUGGGGAACAGCAUAGCUCCUGGUCUUGAAUUACAAAUUACACAGCCCAACACACUGCGAACAAAUGACUUCAAGUUGUUUGAAAUUCUUGAUGUAAAGACUGAUAAAGGAGAAUGUCGAUUUGAACAUUACGUGGAAAACUGUGCUGAAAUGCAAAAUGUAACAAUAUUUCAUCAAGUGUUUAACUUUUUCAAGAAGCUUGGAAGAAAAGUACUGUCCUGUUUCAGACAUGGAAUUUCCUGUUUAACUAUCACAUGCCAGUUAGGAGAUAUUGAACAUGGAAGAGCUGUAUCCAUCCAUGUUGCAAUGAGACUCAAUUAUGCAUUUUUGGCAUCGGAUUCUGCUGCUUCGACACUUUUUAUUACAGAAGCUGUGGCAUCAUCAGGGCAGAAUCCCAAAGUUAUUGAAAAAGGAGGAGGCACAAGUAUAACUGUUAUAAUGGAAGCAAUUUAUAAUACUAAAGCAAAAUUUAAAGUAGUAGUAUUAACUUUUGGACUGAGUUUGUUAUUGGGGAUUUUGAUCUUGGCUACAUGCAUUUUUAUGCUUUGUAAGUGUGGAUUCUUUCAAAGAUCUUUGAAAACCAAACUAAAUAAAGAAGUGGGAAAAAUAAAUCUGGAAGAAAUUUUGAUGCCAAUGAGUCAAGAGGAUGAUGAUGAUAAUUUAAUAGAUGAAACACUUGCAUGCAAAUCAACAUUAAGAAAAACGUGAGAAAUGCACAUGAAACAGCAUAGACAUUACUUAAAAACUGGAAAUGGGUACUUAUGUACAUUUCAGUGAAGACAUCAGAAAAUUGUACCAUAGGCGAUUGUGCAGGAAUUCACAAAGAUGUAUUCCAUAUUAUAACUUGUAGAGUCUAAACAUGCGCUACUUUGUACAUGCAACAAUUUUAAGUUGCUUCUCUUUGAACAGAUUUGAUCAAGACAGUAUUAC